UCCUCAUCCUUCAGACUCCUCUGGUCUCCACACAGUUCGAGAAUCUGAAACAUCAGGUUUUAUCUCCUCAGGAGUUUGACGACAAAGAGCAUCACAAACUUCAGGGACAUUACAAUGAAGCUGGUUCCGGUCCUCGUCAUCCUCCUGUUUCCAGCCUUAACCUUCUGCAGAAACUCCGAACAGCUGGUGGACUGCAGCGACCUGAACCAGGACAAACGUCUGAUGAGCGGAGAGUUCGUCAUCUACCCGGUGGACGGCCGAGCGGUGCAGGUUUACUGCGACAUGGAGACGGACGGAGGAGGAUGGACGGUUUUCCAGAGGAGGAUGGAUGGAUCGGUGGGCUUCCACAGACCCUGGGACCAGUACAAGAAGGGCUUUGGAGACGUUAACGGAGAGUACUGGCUCGGUCUCGACAACAUCCACUACUUGACGCGUCGACGAGACUAUGAACUGUUGGUGGAAAUGUCAGACUUCGAUGGAAACAACGUGUCGGCUCGUUACGCCACAUUCUUCGUGGGCGGUGAACAUCGUGGAUAUGAACUGCACAUAUCUGAAUUCACCGAUGGAGGCGCCGGAGAUGCUCUGAGUUCCCACAACGGGAUGAAGUUUUCCACCUUCGACAAAGACCAGGAUCCUUCAUCGUACAACUGCGCCAAAACGUAUCUGGGGGGGUUUUGGCACCACGCAUACUGUGCUUAUGGAAACCCCAACGGGGCUUAUCUCUGGGGGUAUGAUGGGAAUUAUAAGUUUGGUGUGUUCUGGUACUACUGGAAGGGUUAUUACUACUCCAUGAAGAACUUCAGCAUGAAGAUCCGUCCUCUGGUGUAGAUCUCCAGGAGGAUUUACAGCAAAAUAUCAGCGGUUUCUUUUUCUUUCUGUCUAUGAUUUGAAAAUGGGCUCUUUUCUCCUGAAAGUACGAUCUCCAAACAACAAAUCGCACUUAUAGGCUUCAGGGUCUAUAUGUAGUAUUUAUAUUAGAACUGUCAAAAGUAACCUGUUAACGCAGAUU